CCCGGCUUCCCACCACGGCCGCUCUCGGCGAGGAAACUCUGGCCUCCGCUUCCUCCUCCUCCGACUCGGACACCGGCGGAGCCUCCCCGCCCCCGCGGAAGAAAGCCCGGGCCUCCCCGGCGGCGGCGGCGGAGGGAGCAGGAGAGCCCGGGGCUUCCGCGGGCAGAGCAGGCCUCACCUCGUCCCAGUCCCCCUCGCUCCCCGCCGGGCUCGCCCCCGCCGCCGCCCCGCUCCGAGGCAGCGGCAGCAGCACGAGCAGCGGCGGCAGCGCCAUGCAGGCCAACGGGGCAGGAGGGGGCCAGCAGCAGCAGCAGCAGCAGCCGCCGCAGGGCCCGGAGCUGGGCUGUCUGGGAGCCCAGAACGGCGAGGCCUCGGCGGGCACGGCCGCCGGCGAGCAGCUGGCCCACGCCAACGGGCUGCUGCCCUCAGCCAACAGCGGCGGCGGCAGCCCCGGCGGCCUCAGUGUCAACAACGGGGUGCCCGCCGCCGGGGGGCCCGGCACGGCCGCCGCGGAGCUGGGGGGUGGCGGCGGCAGCGCCCUGAAGAAGAAGAAGCGGCUCUCGCAGUCCGACGAGGACGUGAUCCGGCUGAUCGGGCAGCACCUCCACGGCCUGGGCCUCAACCAGACUGUUGAUCUUCUCAUGCAAGAGUCAGGAUGUCGUUUAGAACAUCCUUCUGCUACCAAAUUCCGCAAUCAUGUCAUGGAAGGAGAAUGGGAUAAGGCAGAGAACGACCUGAAUGAACUUAAGGCCUUAGUGCAUUCUCCGCAUGCAAUUGUGAGGAUGAAGUUUUUGCUGCUGCAGCAGAAGUACCUGGAGUACCUGGAGGAUGGCAAGGUCCUGGAGGCACUUCAAGUUCUACGCUGUGAACUGACGCCUCUGAAAUAUAAUACAGAACGCAUUCAUGUCCUCAGUGGGUAUCUGAUGUGUAGCCAUGCAGAAGACCUGCGUGCAAAAGCAGAGUGGGAAGGGAAAGGAACAGCUUCCAGAUCUAAGCUUUUGGACAAACUCCAGACAUACCUGCCCCCCUCAGUGAUGCUUCCUCCAAGGCGUUUACAGAACCUGCUGCGUCAGGCUGUGGAACUACAACGGGACCGGUGCCUAUAUCAUAAUACCAAACUAGACAGUAAUCUAGAUUCUGUCUCGCUGCUUAUAGAUCACGUUUGUAGUAGGGGUCUGAGAUCAGUAUGUGAUACGCUGUACAUGCUGCAAUGCUUGGGCAUAAUGAGGAAACAGUUCCCUUGCUAUACACAGCAGAUACUAACGGAGCACUGUAAUGAAGUGUGGUUCUGUAAAUUUUCCAAUGAUGGCACUAAACUAGCAACAGGAUCCAAGGAUACAACUGUUAUUAUAUGGCAGGUUGAUCCAGAUACUCACCAGCUAAAACUACUUAAGACAUUAGAAGGUCAUGCAUAUGGAGUCUCUUAUAUUGCUUGGAGUCCAGAUGACAACUAUCUUGUUGCCUGUGGCCCAGAUGAUUGUUCUGAGCUUUGGCUCUGGAAUGUACAAACUGGGGAGCUGAGGACAAAGAUGAGCCAAUCUCAUGAAGACAGUUUAACAAGUGUGGCCUGGAAUCCUGAUGGGAAGCGUUUUGUAACAGGAGGUCAGCGUGGACAGUUCUAUCAGUGUGACUUAGAUGGUAAUCUCCUUGACUCCUGGGAAGGGGUCAGAGUACAAUGUCUUUGGUGCUUGAGUGAUGGAAAAACUGUUUUAGCGUCGGACACACACCAGCGAAUUCGGGGUUAUAACUUUGAGGAUCUUACAGACAGGAACAUAGUACAAGAGGAUCACCCUAUAAUGUCGUUUACUAUUUCAAAAAAUGGCCGCUUAGCUUUGUUAAAUGUAGCAACUCAGGGAGUUCACUUAUGGGACUUACAAGACAGAGUUUUAGUGAGGAAGUAUCAAGGAGUUACACAAGGAUUUUACACAAUUCACUCAUGUUUUGGGGGUCAUAAUGAAGACUUCAUUGCGAGUGGCAGCGAAGAUCACAAAGUAUAUAUUUGGCACAAGCGUAGCGAGCUGCCAAUUGCGGAGCUGACAGGGCACACACGUACUGUUAACUGUGUGAGCUGGAACCCGCAGAUUCCAUCCAUGAUGGCCAGCGCCUCUGAUGAUGGCACUGUUAGAAUAUGGGGACCAGCACCUUUUGUAGACAACCAGGAUAUUGAAGAGGAAUGCAGUAGCAUGGAUAGUUGAUGGCGAAUUUGGAGCAGACGACUUCAGUUUAACUUAAUUAGUCGUAUUUUAAAUGGCUUGGGAUUUGGUGCAAACAAACAUGAUUGAUAGCUGGACAGACAUGCUCGUCAUGAAAAAGAACCAUUUCUGAAGCCCGGUUGGGGCCAAACAUUUACCACCUUGCUUCAUAGUAACCAGUCAAGAUGAAGCACGUCGUUAGAACGUUGUUGGACACCGUGUUGAAAUUACCCCCCAUCGGUUGUGAAGAACUGUGCUACAUUCAGGCUAACCAUUGAACUCAGUAUAUAUUUUUCCCUCCUGCCUUUUUGUCUGGCAGGCUACUGUUCUUGUUGCUCUUCUGUGUAAUGAAGUUUAAAUGCUUGUUUGGAACACUUUAUUUAAGAGUUUAGAAGGCUUGAUAGAAAGAGUGCUUUAGUCUGAAGAGUAUACAUUGGAUAGGAAAGUAUUUCCUUCUCUUGUUUCUCAAAUCUCUCCGCCUUACUUAGCUUGAGAUCUUUGCAGCUUGGUUCAUGGAUUCUAGCCUUGCCCGUUGCGCAGUAUAUAUAAAUUGAGAUAAACCAAUGAACUAUGUCAAAAGCACUCUCAAUAUCACAUUUGACAAAAAGUUUUGUACUUUUCACAUAGCUCGUUGCCCUGCAAAGGGGUUAACAGCACAAUUUUUUAAAAAUAAAUUAUUUAUAGGAUUAAAAUGACUUCAUUUGUAUACAUUUGGAAUUAAACCAAUGCAAGAAGAAAUGUGGAAUGUGGUAUCACUGAUGCUCUUCCAGAGUGUCUUGACACCCAAUCAAAAGCAGUGGCUGCAAGGAGCUUUACGUAGGCAGCAAAGCUUGUUUCAGAAGGAGAAACUCACUGUCCAUAUGAAAAGAUAAAUUGUAUUAUUUAGGGAAACAAAGAAGUGUUCAGAGUACACCAGGAGAUUAAGAGCUUAAACAAGACAAGGUCUUUUUUUUUUAGUUAUAUAAAUAUAUGCAACAAUACUGAUAAAAGGUAAACCUCAACAGAAGAAUGUGCUGAAUUCUUUAUUUGCAAAGUCAACAUUUUGUAGAAGUAAUGAACAUUCAAAUCAUAGAUAACUUGUUUUGCAAUGGAAAACUUUCUUUAUUAUUUGGUAAACAAAGAUGUUUAGACUUUGAGAAUUUACUUCUAAGUUUGCAGGCUUAAAAGUCUCUCCUGGACAUUGUUGCAAGCUGGUGCUGUGAACACGUUAAUGCUUUUUGGAACAGUUCCACUAAUAUGCCAUGUUUAGCAAAAAGAGACAUUUAUAAUUGAAGCUCUUUUUUUUUUUUUUAAUAAUAAACAGAUGGCCUGGCAUCUCUAUGCUUCUGCACUACACACAAAUUCCUUGUGGGAUGGCACUGGAUUUCCUUUCCCACCUUGGGUAGAAUGGUAGUGUUGUUAGUGCUCUGAAGUAAUGAGGGAGCAGGAGAGGGCAUGCCACCAAGGACAAUGUGAAUGGAAGUGUGAACUCACAAGAUCCACAAUAAUCUAGUGACAUUAGUCAUGUAUGGAAGAAGGAUGAGGGAAGGUUUGCCUGAGUUCCUGGGAAGAGCAUGUAGCCACUUUGAUGAGUGGGAAUGUGGUGCUUAACAUAAAUAGUCUCUUUUUUUUUUUUUUUUCCUUCCCAAGAAAAAUGAAGUGCAGUUCAGCAGGUCAGAUUUUUCUUUUUAAGAUUUCAGUAAUUGGGUGGGUUGGCUUGUUGGUUGUUUUUUUCCUUGCCCUGUGUAAUCUGCAAGAUGAUUUAAGAUUCUGAUAAUCUCGUUGAAACCAGCUCUGAAUCUGACAUACUCAUGUUCAGUACCUCCAAAAUGAAGUAGGAACUUAACAUUCUUAUCUUCAGUUUAAGUUUGUCUUAAGGUGAAUUGCUGGGAUAGUAAUAACUAUUCCUGUAGGUUCUGAGUAGUAUAUAUGUAAAUUGAAGGCUACAAAUCCGUUUCUCUCCCAUUCUCUCAUUUUAGAGGAGGUGUUUCUGUUGCUGUUAUGUUGGACAGCAUAAGAUUAGUCAGUCUUUCUCCUGUGGCACUGAUAUUGCAGGGAAACAAAGUUUUCCUACGGUCAGUUUUUAGUAAACCUAACUUCUGGUUUAAAAACAAACAAAUCCACACCAAAAACAGUGUUUUACAUCUUCAAAACAUGGUAUAAUUCAUAAGCAAUGGUAGCAUGGGAAUCUUCAGAGGUUACCUCUGUUUUGUCAUACUCUGAAGCUCUGAUUUUUAAAUGAAGUGUUACUUAGGGAGAGUAAAGGGGAGGGAGAUCAGUUCUGGUUUGUGUCUCGUACAACAGUCUGGCACCACUUGCUUACCUCAUACUCAUUGGACUUCAGUGGAAGCUUCAGGCAGGUGUUGAAGGAUCAAAGUCUCGUUUAGACUGAAAGUCUCACAUGCAUUUCAAAAGGCAUUUUUCAUGUGGUUAGCAGUACCUAAACCGAAGUGAGACUCCUUACCUGGUACAAGCUAUAUGUGGGUACGUAUGAGCUGAUUUCUACUUUCUGCUGCAAUGCAUUGUAAAUAAAAAUUGGAACCUAGCGCUUCUUCCAAAAUCUGACCUCUUCUGGAAUAGGUAUGUACCUCUAAAGAACAGGUAUUCAGAAGCAAGUUAGUUAGAAAUGCGUUCUGAUAUCUCUGCUUUAAUUUAGUUUUGUGGUGCAACUAUGCAACAUAAAGGAAGGUUCCUUUAUCGUAUAGACGGCAUUCUUUCCAAUGUCAAUUCCACCAUACUGCAUAGAUGUCAGCUUGUGCCAUGUAGCGUGCAGAGAUGAGAGAAAGGAGAGAAUUUUACCACAGUACUUGGUCCCUCAGUGAAGCUGUGCUGCAGAUCCAGUGGUAGUGAGAACCAAUCUAACCUGGCAGUUAAAGAGAAACCCAGACUGUUUCUAACAUGUUGUGUAUUCACAGUGCAUCAAUUGAAAAGUACCAGUACUUUUUGUGCGCAGAGGAUAAAAUGAGACUUUGAGGGGGAAAAAAAACCAAGCUUGCUCAUGCAACACAUUGAUUUCCACAUGCUUAAAAAUGUUUGUAGGCUGGAGUCAGGCUGGAACAACCACACACCUGCAACAAACACUGUGUUUCUGGUGAACAGUUUCAGAGAGGAAAAUACUGUAAGAGCGUACUACACUUUCCUAACUUUCUUUGGUAAGCUCUUUGCUUAAUUUUUGCAGUAGCCACAGGUAAUUGCCAAGGCAGAUCUUUUAAAAAAAGAAAGCUGAAGCAUUUUGUUAUCUGAAUGCUCUUUGGCUGUUCAGGUAAGUAAUUUUCAAGGCACAAUGGAGCACAAAAGGGAAAACAAGCAGUGAUGCUAGAUUUGUCCUUGUUUGGGUGGGUGGGGCAGUAGGGGGACGUGACACCUUCAUUUCAAAUUCUCCGUAUUUUCUCAAGUUCUUCAAAGCUGACUUCAUUUUUAUGAUUAGAGCAAAGGAGCAAGCUAGAAAGCUUUCCUGAUCUUGCCUGUUACUUCUCAUCUUGGCUUCAAACAGGUAAUGUUGAAUAAAACCCAGUAUGCUUGGGAGUUUAUGUCUAGUUGUAUCUCCUUACGCUGAUAAGCAGCGCUCCCAUCCAGAACCAGUUAUGAAGGCUUCCUUAGAAGGAAACAAGGACUCGUACAAUUAGCUGUAGUUCGAAGGGGAAAUGUAGACCCACGUGGGGAGGUAGAGAAAGAGGAAUGAAGAUGAAAAGCUGGAUUUACUGACAAACUACUGUAACUCAAGGGGGAGGAGGAGAAAUGCACUUUCAAUAGUUUGUCCAUAUUUUUUUAGCUACAAAACACACCUGUAUUUGCUAAAUGGUUUUCUUUUUGUUGUUGUUAUCUUUGGGACAAUUGAGGAACAUCCUUCCCAUAAAUAGCUACACUUUUUACCUCCUCCUGUCUUUUCCACGUUGGCUGGAGACCAUUUUCAGCUGCCAUACUUAAUUUCAAAAGAACUGCUACUUUUAAAGAUAUUUUGAACUUCUUAACUCUGACACUUUUUUAAACAGGGUGGACUUAAUUGAAGUGUGCAGUGUUGAACUGCUGCUGCGGUAGCUGCCUCUAGUUGUUGAACUGUAGACAAGUUUUUUUGUUUGUCGAUCCAGGUUAUCUGGAUUCAAUAAGAAGUCCGUGAGAGUGUUCCUCCCAUCUGGUAUGAAUGUGUGCGUGCGUGUGUUCCACAAACAGACAUAGAACCAAAUGUUCUAGGUACUUGUCAUGUUUUAUUGCAUACUUUGAGUCGUGCGUAUGUGAAGUGUCCUCUGACCUGAAGGUUUUGGUUAAUAUCAGUAUAUUUUUAUAAAUUGGAAAUUCAUCGUGCCCCAUCUUUUCCUUAAACAUCUUUCAUUGUUAGGGUCUAUGUGCUAGAUUUGAAUCUUAACGUUUUUAGGCACAGAUGGAAAAAGUUAUUGGCUCCUUGAAAACACAUGGGACAAAAUGGAUCCUCAAAGCAUGUAUGUACUUACAAACCAAGCUGUAGAGAUCAAGAAAAGAACUUUAUUGUUGAUCUCAAGAUUUCUAAGUUGUCAAGAUUUAUAUGGAGUUGUGGUGGAACUAGUUAACACUUAGAGCUUUUGGUAUGUAAUGACUAUUUGCUAUGGACUGAUAUUAAAUGUUUCAAAGGAUUGCGUUCUUAAACUCUGGAUUUUUGUUACUCUCCUCGGAUUAUAUUAAGUAGUUAAAAUUUCUUUGCUAUAUUACAUUAAAAACAUAAGAACUUUG